AUGGCGCUUCCGCACGAGGCCCUGCUCGCGUCGCGGAGAGAGAGCUCGCACCUGAACGUCUUCCACGGCGGUGGUUUCAGCGAGGCAAUCGCUUUGCGCGUGCGGGACGCAGCGUGUGAGAACGGCGUCGAGGUGACCAUGCACAAUCUCGUCGACUUUGAGGCCUUCAGCGGCGGGCCGGCGCAGUCCUCACCCGCCUUGCUUUUGAUCACCACGGUCGAGGACGAGCAGCCGUGCCCAGCUUCAGCAGCUUGCCUCCGUUUCCUCCGACGCAAAUCGCACGGCCCCAAGACGCUGGACGGGCUUCAGUUCGCGGUGCUCGGCCUUGGCGACUCGAACCUCCUCGCCGUCGCGUGGCGGCGCGUGGACUGCUUUGGAGCUCGCGACUGCAACCAGGCGGCUGAGAAGGUAGAUUCGUGGCUCAAGCACCUCGGCGGCACGCGCUUCUGCAGGCGCGGCGAGGCCGACGACCGCACAGGCAACACUGAGAUCGACGGGUGGCUGGAGAGGCUGUGGGCGGCGCUCCGGCUGAGCGGGGGUGCUGGUGUAUGA